AUGGCCGACACAUACCUUUCUUUCCUGCGCUCACCAUCCGAGUCCGCGCUUGCAUCUGAUGCUGCCCUUCAUUAUAUCACCACUACUACCUCAAUCCACGAGUCUGUCGCCAUCAUCAAGCAUUACCAGGCCCAGGAGAAGGUCCUCAAGAAGAAGUCCGAGAAUGUCUUGAGCUCUUAUGGUAGCUCCGAUGGUGCCGUCGUCGAGACAGAAACCACCUUUGAGUUCAUUCGUGGAGGUGGUACUAUCCUGCCACAGAUGGAUGACAACAUGCUGGCUGACUCGAUCGCUACUCUUCCUAUGGUACACGUCGUCCAAUACAACUCUCAAGGCAAGAUCAGCCAGAUCAGACUCUACUGGGACCAAGCAACCAUUCUCAGACAGGUCGAAGCCAUUGGCAAGAGUGGUCGCAACUGGCCCAUCCGUGACGGCACAAACAUGAUCAAGACCAUCAAGAACAGUAUCAACAAUGCCGGCUCCACCUCUACAUCUCUGCCUGUCCGCCCCGCCUCGAACCAAUCGCAAUCCGGCGGUCGUCAGAACGGCGAUUUCCACGCUCGUCUGUUCGCCACUGGUGAGGGUCAGGAACCCCGUAGCCAGACCAACAUCAACCCCGAGUAUGCUGUUCGUACAUCAGCCAAGCCCGCUCCUCGUCAGAUGGAUGAGAUCUUCGCAAAUGGUAGCAACAGUGAAGGUUACAAGCCUGAAGGAAAGCCCAAGGCCGGUUCUGGCAAGAACUUCCAAGACAACCGUCUCUUCGACGAGAACACUCAACCCCAAAGAAUCCUGUCUCCCGAAAGCAAGAAGAUCGACCCCAGGAAAUAUGACCACUUCGAAUUCUCCUCAGGCGAGGGUAGUGCCCCUGCUUCCGACAUUCACAGACGCAUGUCUACCAAGGGCUCGACGCACACAAGCAACUGGGACUUCCAAGACUUCACCACCCCUGAGAAGCACAAGCCUAGACCCAACCCCGAGCAGGAGCGUCACAUUGGUCCUGGUGUAGACGAGGAUCAAAUCUCCCCCGAGAAACGUCCCAUCGUUCACGCUGCUCGUCCUGAUGCCAACGCUCACUUCGAGAUCUCGGAUGACAGUCCUGCUGGCCCCAAGGCACCAUUCAGCAACCACACCAAUGUCGACAAGUCUAGACGCGGUGAUGAAUACCAACCUCACUUCAACAUCGGUCAAUCAGAUGCUCCCAAGAAGAUUUACAAGACUGCAGGAAACGGAAUGGGCGGACGUUCUGGUGCCCCUACACUCUGGGACGACCCUGAAGAAGUUGCCCCUGAGAAGCCUAUCUACAAGACCUACGGUAACGGUAUGGGUGGACGUAGGGACGGCGGCCUGUCAUGGGAUAUUGGCGAUGACGGCGACGACUCCAGAGGACCCGCCAUCUACAAGACACGAGGCGAUGGUAUGGGAGGUCGCCGUGACAAGAAUGCUACCACUGAGAACGAUGCUGUUUCUGGUGCGAAGGGUUAUGCAUCUUCAGCACGCGCUCAGAACUACCACUCUUCUCAGAGAGAUGACGAGUACGAGUUCUAG